AUGACUGAUCAGACAUUACUAGCAAAAUCACUGAAAGCUCGAUUAGAUGAUUUGCCAAAUUUCUCAGGACAUCCAUCCGAGGAUGUCGAACGAUUUUUAAAAACUAUUAAAAGCAUAACGAAAGCAACCGAUGAAUCGGAAAACCAGGAGAUUCUUGAAAUUGUACGUGGUAAAUUAGUAAAAUCAGCUGGCAUAUGGUUUGACAAUAAUGAAACUGCUUUCAAGAAAUGGUCAGAUUUCGAAUCCGCAUUUCGAAAUCGAUAUUUUUCAACAACAAUGAUUCAAGAGAAAUUCGAUAAAUUGAAAGGAAGAAAACAAUCUCCUGAUGAAUCCAUCAUAUCAUACAUUGACGAUGUUACGACCGUUUGUCAAGAAAUUGAUCCAACGAUGUCAGACCUGAUAAUAAUACAAUAUUUGAUGAGUGGAUUACGACCUGAUCUUCGGAAAGAACUUUUACGACGGCAAUCAACUCUAACAUCAUUAACCGAAUUUAUUAAAUAUGCUAAAAUCGAACAAGAUAUACAUGAAACAUUUGAAAAAUCUUGUCACCUAUCACUCGAAUCACAACAAAUACAAUUCAAUCAACCAACAUUUCAACCAUUAACGGCUGCAAUUCAACGAUUGAGUCAUCAGUACCAUCCAACAAAUAAGGAUGAUCGGAAUUCACGUUCAUUUUCCAAUCGGAGCUCCGUUACUCAAAGGAACUCGGUUCAUCAAACACGAGAUAAAACAAUAAAAGCACCUGGAAAUCAAAAUCAUCAACAUACAUUCAACAACAAGUCUUCCAACAAUCAAUCCACUCCAUACCGACAAUUGAAUCAAUGCAAAGUGUGUGGUCGAACGAAUCAUCGAACAAUUGAUUGUUUUUAUAAAAAAUCAACCGUAACUGGGUCACAGGAUGGCGGUGCUCCCAGUAAAAUUUUCAAGCCAUCAACAACAACAUCUUCUCCCGUUUACAUCAAAAUUCGUGUUAAUGAUCAACCAAUUGAAUCCAUCGUUGAUACUGGUUCCGCCAUCUCACUUAUUCGUCUCGAUUUUCUCAAAACAAUCCAACACAAUAGAUUUCUCAAUAAACAACAUCUAUGUCAGACAGCAAAUGCAACACCGUUGAAUAUCAUCGGACAAAUUGAAUUGAAUAUUAAAGUUAAACAUAUUGAAACUCGUGGCAUUGCUUAUGUAGCAACGAAUCUAAUUACACCAAUUUUACUAGGCAAUGAUUGGAUUAAUACAAAUCAUGUCCAUCUUUUUGGCGACCAGAAACAUCUAACUAUUCCUGAUCAACAUGGUCAAUUAACUCGAAUUCCAUAUACCGAACCACUCUCCAUUAAUUAUCCUGUUCAAUUGGUCAAUCAAAUCACUCUUCCUCCAUAUUCACAAGCAUUGGUUGACAUCACCUCUCAAGUUACUAAUGCUAAUAAUUUAAUGUUCGAACCCGAUAAUCGUUAUAUAUCAAAAUUUAUUUUCAUACCACACACGUUAUUAAAUGUCAAUAAUCAUCAAACAAAAGUUUUACUGAUUAAUGCUCAGAAUCGUCAACAAACACUCUCAAAAAAUACGCGCAUCGGAACUAUAUCAUAUGAUACAACAUUUUCCAUAUGUACAACAAUUCACAAUCCAGAACCAGAACCACCAACAGAUCAUCAAUCAUCUCAGAAUACAAAAAAUUCUGGAAACGGAGCUAUCUCAUAUAAUAAAGAUAACUCGGAUCAAACAAUACGAAAUAAUUAUUGUGAUCAAUGUCAAGAAUACUUCUUAUCGGGAAAUGAUUUACAGAAACAUCUUCGUGCAGAAUGCUAUUCGGAUCAGAUUCGAAAACAGAUUUUCGAAUCGACAGCACACAUCGAAAAUUCAGAUCAUCGUCUAGCAAUUCAAGAUAUUUUAUGGCGAAACAAAAUAUUGUUUGACCCAACACCAUCAAUUAUCAAUAUACCUUCACAAUCAGCUAUCAAAACUGGUGACCAUCCACCUGUUUAUUCAAAACAAUAUCCUGCAUCUAACAAAGAUCAAGAAAUUAAAGUUCAAGAAACGCAGAAGUUAUUAGAACGUGGUCAAAUAGAAGAAUCAACAUCUCCGUGGUCAUCACCUAUUGUUCUCGUGAAGAAAAAAGAUAAAACAAUGCGGUUCUGUAUUGAUUAUCGUCGAUUAAAUGCCAUAACAAUAAAAGAUGCAUUUCCACUUCCUCGAAUUGAUGAAAUCUUCGACCAAUUAUCUGAUGCAAUGUACUACACAAAAUUCGAUUUCAGGUCUGGAUACUUUCAGGUGCCUCUAUCUAAAGAGGACCGGCCGAAAACGGCAUUCCCGACCCGCGAUAACCAUUACCAAUUUACUGUUCUUCCACAAGGAGUUACUAAUGGACCCGCAACAUUUCAACGAGUAAUUAAUCAUGUGUUAGGACGUACAAGAUGGAAAUACGCAUUAGCAUACAUCGAUGAUGUGAUUAUAUACUCGAAAACAUUCGAAGAGCAUCUUUCUCAUCUUAAAGAAAUAUGUCAAUUACUGAAAGAUACUCGAUUCCGUCUUAAUCCAGAAAAAUGCGAAAUAGCGCGAACUCGAACAGAAUAUCUCGGACAUCAAAUUACAAAUGGUGAAAUUCGUCCAAGUCCUCACAAUGUAAAUGGUUUAUUAAAUACACAAGUACCUCAAACUGCAGAUGAAGCAUGUAAAUUCGUCAAAGCAGCAGAAUAUUAUAGGAAAUUUAUUCCAAAUUUUUCACAGAUUGCUGAACCACUUCGAAAAUUUGUGCCAACUACAAGAACACAACAAAAGAAAGGACAAAAAACAAAGAUUACAUUAGCUGAUGAUGAAAUUAAAGCAUUCGAAGAACUGAAACGAUUCCUUACAACUGAUCUAGUUCUACGACUUCCUAACAACAGAUUCCCUUUUAAAGUCCAAACGGAUGCUUCUGAUGAGGGAAUCGGAGCAGUGUUAUUACAAAUUUAUCCUGAAGGCGAUAGACCUAUUGCAUAUUUAUCUAAGAAAUUUACUCAAGCGCAACGCAAAUGGUCUCCAAUGGAACAAGAAUGUUAUGCUUUUAUUUGUGCAUUAGACAAAUGGCAUAAUUACUUAAGUGGAAUAAAAUUUACAUGGGAAACUGAUCAUAAAGCAUUAACACAAUUAAAUCAAAAAGCUCAAAUAAAUAAACGAUGUGAAAGAUGGAGAUUAAAAAUAUUAGAAUAUGAUUUCAAGGUGAAACACAUUCCUGGCUUAACGAACUCAAUGCCUGAUUAUUUAUCAAGAUCUCCAGUUGAAGAUGCAACAGAAGAUCCUGAUGAAACAUUUUUCACUGCUUCACAAUCCACACAAACUGAUCAUGAAUUAUAUAACAGAUGUUAUCAUGUUGUAAGUGCUGUUCAAACACGUUCCGUCAAAUUACGUCAAACAACAACUGACACGUCCAUCAAUACAACGAAUCCUAUAGAAGAUUCUCUAUUAUUUCAAGAAGAGAAUCGGAUAACUCCAUUUUCAAUGGAACAACUACUGCAAACUCAACAACAUGAUGAAUAUACACAAAAUAUAAUUAACAACAUCAAGAAAUAUAAAAAAUAUUUUAUUUCAAAUGAUCUUCUUAUGCACCGAUCAAAUCCUCCAGUCCCUUAUGUACCACAUGGUGAACUUCGACGAACAAUAUUAAGAAUAUAUCAUGAUACUGCAGCAAAUGGUGCUCAUUUUGGAAGAGAUAAAACGAUACACAAGAUUAAACAACGUUAUUUUUGGCCCUCAAUGUAUAAAGAUAUCGACAAUUAUAUUAAAUCAUGUAUUCUUUGUGCUCAAUACAAUCCUCGUCGACAAAAAACACCUGGUAAAUUACAACCAAUUAAACCUCCAGAAGGUGUAUGGCAAUUAGUAUCGAUGGAUUUUCAUGGACCAAUUACACCAACAUCACGACGUGGAAAUAAAUAUAUUAUAUCCCUUACCGAUAUUUUAUCAAAAUUUGUCGUUACUAAAUCUGUACGUGAUAAUAGUGCUCAAACGGUUGUUAGAUUCCUGAAAGAAGAUAUUAUUACGAAAUUUGGUACACCUCAUUGCAUAUUAACUGAUAAUGGAACACAUUUUACCUCGUCAGUAACGAAUGAAUUACUUAAACAAAUUGGAGCAACGCACCUAUACUCAACACCUUAUCAUCCGCAAACGAAUGGUCAAGUAGAAAGAUACAACUCAACUAUGGAUGCAAAAAUUGCAGCUCUUUCAAAUUUACGAAAAACAGAUUGGGAUGAUCAAUUACCAUUCGUCACAUUCAAUUACAAUGCAUCAAUUCAUUCAUCAACCAAACAAAUACCAUUUGAAAUGAUGUAUGGUCGAACACCUGUAUUACCAUUUGAUUAUCAAGAUCCCAACGUUAUAAUAUCUCACGAUCCUGAACAGAUAAACAAACUGACGAAAUAUUUAUCAUCUUUAAGUGAAAAAGCUAAACAAAAUAUUACUGCAAGUCAAGAACGAUCAAAACAACGAUAUGAUACAAAUCGCUCGAACCCAUCGUACAAUACUGGUGAUUUAGUACUAGUUAGAGUACUUAAUAUGCGCCAUAAAUUUGAUAUUCGUUACGAAGGACCAUUCAAAAUUAUUAAGCAACUUACACCUAAAACAUUUAUCGUACAGCAUAUCCGAAAACCAACAUUACAUCGUCAAGUAACAACAGACGUAUUACUUCCAAUAUUCCAACGCAUUUAA